GAACAACACCUUCAACAGGCUGUAGAAGGACUGAAACUUCUCCUUGGUCCAGAUCAUCCCCUCACGCUAAUCAGGAUGACCAACUUAGCGACGACCUAUACAAGUCAACACCAGUUGCAAAAGGCCGAAGAACCAGGGGUGGAAGUAUUGGGGAUGAGUUUGAGAAAGCUUAUCAGAGUAUAUGGCAAAGAUCAUCCCAACACCGUUACGAGCGUAGCCAAGUUAGCAUCGACGUUCCGGGAUCAAGGUCGGUUGGAUAAGGCUGCAAAUCUGCAGGAAGAAAUGAUGAAGACUAAGAAAAAGGUUCUUGGGGGAGGAAGGCCAUACCACAUUGACGAAUACAGCAAACCUUGCGAUCACUUAGCGAAAUCAGGGUCAGUUGAAUAAGGCCGAAGCACUAUUAUUACAAGGAAUAGCGAUUAGAAGGAGAGGCUAUUGGGAGGAUCAUCCUGACUCCUUAAUCGACACCGGCAGCAUGGCGUUAAUCUAUUGGCACCGGGCGCGAUAUGAAGAGGCCGAAACGCUGGAGAUACAAGUCGCGGAGGCGAUGGAGAGGGCACUUGCGGCUGAGCAU